GAGUCCCUGUCGGCCUGAUGUCCUCAGUUGUAGCCCCGGAAAAACCCACCUCCAACACCAUGGGCCCCAAAGAGGUGGAGCUGAUCCUUGUGAAGGAGCAGAAUGGGGUUCAGUUUACGUCGACCACUCUAGUGUCUCCAGCUCCAUCUCAGACCAAACCCGGUGGAGAGGAGGAGAGGGAGACCUGGGGGAAAAAAAUUGACUUCCUCCUGUCUGUGAUCGGAUUUGCAGUGGACCUCGCCAAUGUCUGGAGAUUCCCCUAUCUCUGCUACAAGAAUGGAGGAGGUGCAUUUCUGGUGCCGUACCUGUUCUUCAUGGUGAUAGCAGGCAUGCCUCUCUUCUACAUGGAGCUGGCUCUGGGACAGUACAACAGAGAGGGGGCAGCAGGGGUCUGGAAGAUAUGUCCCAUUUUUAAAGGUGUAGGCUUUACAGUGAUCCUCAUUUCCCUCUACGUUGGCUUCUACUAUAAUGUUAUCAUCUCUUGGGCGAUGUUCUACCUCUUCUCCUCGUUCACCGGUGAGCUACCCUGGGUUCACUGCAACAACAGCUGGAACAGUCCUAAUUGCUCCGACUGGGCUGACAACAGCACAGUCAGUGACAUUCACAAGGCCACCCCUGCUCAGGAGUACUUUGAACGAGGGGUGCUACACAUACAGGACAGUAAUGGUAUUGAUGACCUGGGUCGUCCACGCUGGCAGUUGACUUCCUGUCUAGCUGUGGUGAUUGUUCUGCUCUACUUCAGUCUCUGGAAGGGAGUCAAGACCUCUGGCAAGGUUGUGUGGAUCACAGCCACUAUGCCCUAUGUGGUCUUGACUGUGCUGCUUCUCCGAGGAGUCACUCUGCCCGGAGCCAUUGAUGGCAUUAAGGCCUAUCUCUCUGUGGACUUCCUGAGACUCUGUGACGCCAAGGUCUGGAUUGAGGCUGCAACGCAGAUCUGUUUCUCACUGGGAGUGGGAUUUGGUGUGCUAAUUGCCUUUUCCAGCUACAACAAAUUCAGCAACAACUGUUACAGAGACGCCAUCAUCACCACCUCCAUCAACUCUUUAACCAGUUUCUUCUCUGGCUUUGUGGUGUUCUCCUUCCUUGGGUACAUGUCCCACAAGCACAAUGUGGCUCUGGACAAGGUUGCUGUAGACGGUGUUGGGUUGGUGUUUGUCAUUUACCCAGAAGCUAUUGCAACAUUACCCGGGUCACCAGUGUGGGCGGUUAUUUUCUUCAUCAUGCUAUUGACACUGGGUAUUGACAGUGCUAUGGGCGGGAUGGAGUCAGUCAUCACAGGGCUGAUUGAUGAGUUCAAAUUCCUCCACAAGCACAGAGAACUGUUUACCCUCUUCAUUGUCAUCUCCACCUUCCUCAUAUCUCUCUUCUGCGUUACAAAUGGUGGGAUGUAUGUAUUUACUCUGCUGGACCACUUUGCAGCAGGCACAUCAAUUCUCUUUGGAGUGCUUAUUGAAGCCAUCGGUAUCGCGUGGUUUUAUGGAGUGGACCGUUUCAGUGACGACAUUGAGGAGAUGACUGGCCAGCGACCAGGUCGGUACUGGAGGCUGUGCUGGAAGUUUGUCAGCCCCUGCUUCCUGCUGUUCAUGGUGGUGGUGAGCUUUGCCAUGUUCAACCCUCCACAUUACGGCUCCUACAUGUUUCCUCCAUGGGCUAACAUGGUGGGUUGGUGUUUGGCCAUUUCAUCAAUGACCAUGGUGCCUCUCUACGCCAUCUACAAACUCUGCACACUGCCUGGAAAGUUCUGCGAUAGACUGGCUUAUGCCAUCACCCCAGAGACAGAGCAUCAUCUGGUAGACAAUGGGGAGGUUCGGCAGUUCACACUGCAUCACUGGUUGGUGGUCUGAAAGAUACAGAGAGAGAGAGAGAGUGAAAGAGUGAGAGAGAGAAAGAAAAUGAGAGUGUUGAUUUUAGGUGGAUGAAUACACGCACAGCAAAGGUCUGAAGAGCUAAGAAGAGGAAGAGAGACAUAGUCAUUCAAAUUGAUCACAGUGGUGGCGGUGGUGGGAGCAGUUUAAAAGUGCCGACAAAAACCCAUAGAAAUUGCAGCGUGCUUUAAUUUCAACAGUGGAUGUGUGAAGCUGUGUAUGGACCCUCUUCACCAUUGGUUUUUUUAAGCCGGUGAAUGGGAUUCAGUCAAACAGGUAAUGUGGUGUUCAACCUGCAACUUCCAUAAUUACAAAACUCUCCUCGAAGAGAUGUUAACUUUUAGCGUGUUGGUUAUCUUCACUUUGCAUUUGUAACAAUUUUGCUCACAUUACCCAUUCAUUACCCACGGGUGGAAGGGUGCAUAAUGGUAUACUUUAUGUUGUGUCGAGUGCAGAGUGACGCACAAAAACACAUUUUGUUAUUGUACAGGGGUGAAGAUGUUGCAGUGCUACACACAUCAUAAGGAGGAGUUUAUUUCUAAAAUGCAGUAUCUGUUAUGUCAGAUAUAGACUUUUUUUUCUUCAGUUAAUAAGAUUUUAUUUUUUCUUCGUUAAUAAUGUUUAAGCAGUCAGUGGCAUUUAUUCUUUUAUUUCCAUAGUGUUAUUUUAGAUCAAAACUAUUGAAGUGUUUAGCAGUCAGACAUGUAAUGAGUACCACAUGUUUAACUGAAUCCUAGCCCAUAUCUUUAAUUAUUUAUCUGCUUUCUUGUUUUAAUGACUGUUAUGAUACACACAAUUCCUGCAGACUUUGCAAAUUGGAAAAAAAAAAAAAUCUACUUUUGUUUACAUCUAAAUAAUUAACAGGAAAAAAAACUGUUAUAUGAACAGACAAAAAUAACAUCAUUUAAAUAAGCUAAAACUGUCUGAAUUAACACUACCUGAGUGUUCUCACAGAGCUGGUUAUUAUUUUUUCCUCUAAACUAAAAUGACUCAUCAGUCACAAAUCAAUUGAACUGAUUGUCUGAAAAUAAAAAUAAUCUCCUGUUAUGCGUUUCUGCUUUUACUGGAUUGACCAACAACAACAACGAAAUCUGACCAGUAAUGUAGUUGGGUAGCUUUCAAUGUGGUAGAAUAAUUGAGUGGGACAAUUGAAACACUACCAUAAGGCAGAUGGGUGAAUAUAGUCUAAAAAAAACUAACACUGAUUAUCAUCUAUAUGUUAAACCCAAAUUGUCAGUGUUAAAAUGUAAAAUUCCUUGUUAUGUCAGUGUUUACAUGAAAUCUACAUAAUCAGACUUAAAUAGUGUUGAACAACUGCCCAGGAUCCAUAUCAACCAAAUGAGUGAACAAAACUCCAUUUAAAACUUGUCAAUUUUGGAAUACCCAUCACUGACAAAAGCAGCAUCAUCAACCUCACUGCUGAUUUAAUCAACCAAAGACUAAAAUGAACUCAGAAAUGCAGAUACUGCUUCCUCACAUGAGAAUAUUUGCCAAGGGAUUUUCUGUCUUUGAAUCAGUAGACCACUUGAUUGUUAACUUUAAGGUACCAUGUCAAUCUUUCACUCUUCCCACCAACAAAUUGGUGCCAGUGCACUACCACAUUCUUUUUUAAUUUCUCUUUAAUUGGAAUAUUUUACUUUUUUUUUUUUUUGUACGCCCACAAAGUUCCUGGUGGUGAUUUGAAAGCUAAGACUGUCACAUUUCCUCCAGAAAGCAUAAAGCUUUAAUUUUACCGUUUACAGAUUUAUCAUUCAGUGUUUCAAGACUGUUUAAAAAGCUGCUUUUUAUUGAACUGCAAAUGAAUAGUGUGUAAUGUUAUUUAUGAAUAUGAAGUAAAUUAAGUUGUAUAUCUGUGUAAGUUAAUGUAAUGUAGAGGGGCUUGUAUCGUAAUGUACUGUAUGAUAUUGAAUAACAAGACCAACAAGAUUAUAUAUACUAUAUAUAUAUGGAUUAUUGCUUUGUUACUGUGAAGUUGAUACAUAUUAGCCUUAAGGAUCUUGAUGAGAAUUACAUUACAAAUCCAUAUGAACUUCUGUUUGAUCAGAAACUGUAAAACCCUUUUCAAAUGAGUCAACAAUGACUUAUCUUAACCUUGUGGAACAUGUAACACACUGAAGGGUUAAUUAUGUCCCAAAUUGUAUGCCUGUGCUACUGUACUGUGCCUUGUGGUGUU